AUGAAGGUCUCACUUCUUCUCCUCUCCAUAUCCAUUGGCGCCGGCCUGGCUCACCCUACCACACUCGCCAAACGUGACAAAGCUCCCUGUUCCGAUGCGAUAUACAAUUUCCCUAGCUGCUGCUCUAGCAAUACUUUAAGCCUUGCGGAUACCAAGUGCAAAGCUGCCAGUAAUGCGAUUGAUGGCGCCAGCUUCAAGCAAAGCUGUGGCGAAGGCAGUAUUCCCAAAUGUUGUGCUCUGAACAUUGCGGACCUAGGUCUUCUCUGUCAGGAAUUCUGA